AUGGAAAAGAGGACGUCAACGAGUUCUUAUGGCUUAAAAAGGCUUGAGUUUUCAGGUCAUAUGUUUGAAGGAAGAAGCCGAUCAGAAGCCUCCAAACUGCAGAUGGUUAAUAAUCCACUGCUUCCUGCAACUUAUUGCGGCAUUGUUCUUUUUUUCUGGGAAUUUAAUGAAAACGCGCGUUUUGUGUUUAAUGUUGGUCGUUUUGAUCCCGGUGCACCUAGAGCUACGUGCACACACCUGCACUAUCAAAAUUGCGGUUCAGCCUGGAAGGUUGGAGAUGGAAACAAUAUCAUAGCAGGAAGGGAUAACUGGGUCCAUGGAAAGGUACCUGUUUUUGCUUCCCAUAUUCGUUUAACAGGUGCAAAGUUGUGGAGAGUCAGUCAUUUUAUUCGGGCUUCGGAACUUCGAUGGAAUGCAGCACUAAUUAGAGACUCCUUUGAUAAUAAUGAUGCAAAUUCUAUCCUGUCUGUUGAGCUUCCAUCUAGUUCAGUUUCAGUUCCAGACCGAUUAUAUUGGCCUAAAAACAAAGUUGGGAAUUUCACAGUCAAAACUGGUUACGCUUUCUUACAAGAGCAGCUCACUGACCAGGAUGCUAGUUUUGGUUUUAGGCAGAAUAGGUUUGUUCCAUUUUUUAAAUUACUCUGGGAUCUUAAAAUUCUUCCAAAAUGGAAGCUUUUUAUAUGGAAGAUAAUGGUUGAGGGGCUGCCAAUGAAAGCUAGUCUAGAGCGGAGAGGAAUUUCGUUAGAUAUUUCGUGUGACCUAUGCAGUGACUUUUCUGAGGAUGCGCAACACAUGUUUCGCCAUUGUAAAUUGGCUCAAGAUGUGUGGAGGAGUAGUAUGUUAGGCAUCUACUCAAAUUUUAAUGAGAAUCAUUCUCUUCAACAAUGGAUUCUCAACUAUAUCCAGCUUUUUAUUAGCGAGGAUGGCAAGUACAGUGAUCAAGUAGUCACUUUCAUAGGGAUCUUGUGGGCAUUACGGGUUACGCGAAAUUCAAGAGUUUUCCGUUCUGAGACUGGGGAUAUUCAAGAAGUUCAAACCCAAGUUACUUUAGCUUUGAAGGAGAAUGCAAUCUACAUGCAUAAAGAUAGUGAAAAUUGGGGUGUUCCACACACCACAUAG